AGCAGGUCGAACUUGAAGGUCGAGUCGAGCUACAAAACUCUCUGCUCGAUCGUGCUUUCGGAGAGCAUCGAUCCGCAGAGAGCUAGAAAACUCGGAAACGAUGUCGGUGCAGGAGUAUCUGGACAAGCACAUACUCUCUCGCAAGAUCGAAGACGCCGUCAAUGCCGCGGUUAGGGCCAAGACUCCCGAUCCGGUCCUCUUCAUCUCGAAUCACAUGAGAAAGGCGGUUCCGUCGGUUAUAACGAAGAUUAAAGCCAGGCAAAUACUGGACAGCAGGGGUAUUCCUACUGUUGAAGUUGACCUGUAUACUAACAAGGGGAUGUUUCGCGCGUCGGCUCCGAGCGGCGACCAAACCGGAAUGUACGAGGCUAUGGAAUUGCGGGACGGGGACAAGGGAGUGUAUCUUGGAAAUAGUGUAAAGAGAGCUGUUAAUAAUAUUAACGAGAAAAUCUCCGAAGCAUUGAUAGGGAUGGAUCCUAUUCUACAGGCUCAGAUUGAUCAGGCCAUGAUAGACCUGGACAAAACAGAGAAGAAGGGUGAGCUGGGAGCUAAUGCAAUAUUGGCUGUGUCAAUUGCUGCUUGCAAAGCUGGUGCUGCUGAAAAGGAGGUUCCCCUUUAUAAGCACAUUGCUGAUCUUGCUGGUAAACCCAACCUGACUCUUCCAGUACCUUCCUUCACAGUGAUUAGCGGUGGAAAACACGCGGGAAACAACCUUGCCAUUCAAGAAAUCAUGAUUCUACCAAUUGGAGCCUCCAGAUUUGAGGAGGCUGUGCAAAUGGGUUCAGAAACCUAUCAUCACUUAAAGGCUGUUAUUACGGAGAAAUGUGGUGCCCAGGGAUGCAAUGUGGGUGAAGAUGGCGGCUUUGCUCCGAAUGUGUCGAGCUUUAGAGAAGCCCUGGAUCUGGUUAAAGAAGCUAUCAGCAGAACUGGCUAUAGUGAGGGAAUAAAGAUAGCUAUUGACAUUGCUGCUACUAAUUUUUGCAUAGGGACAAAAUACGAUCUGGACUUUAAGUCUCCAAAUAAAUCGGGCCAGAAUUUCAAAUCUGGGGAGGAUAUGAUAGACAUGUAUAAAGAACUCUGCUCCGACUAUCGGAUUGUAUCAAUCGAAGAUCCAUUUGACAAGGAGGACUGGGAGCAUGUCAAGCAUUUCUCUAGCCUUGGAGUUUGCCAGGUUGUUGGGGAUGACUUGUUAAUGUCAAAUCCCAAACGUGUUGAGAGAGCAAUUAAUGAGUCCACUUGUAAUGCUUUUCUUCUCAAGGUAAACCAGAUUGGAACAGUGACGGAGGCCAUUGAGGUGGUGAAGCUGGCAAAGGAUGCUCAUUGGGGAAUCGUAAUAUCACAUAGAUGUGGUGAAACUGAAGAUACUUUCAUAGCUGACCUAUCUGUGGGACUAGGUUCUGGUCAGAUCAAAGCAGGUGCUCCUUGUCGAGGAGAACGACUGGCAAAGUACAACCAGUUACUCCGCAUUGAGGAAGAGCUUGGUGAUCAAGCUGUUUAUGUCGGUGAAGAUUGGAGGCUGUCUUAACUGUUAAUGUUCCAUAUGGGGGCUUAAGACCAUCUUAUGACAAUCAGGUAUCCAGUGUGAAUGAAUUCUUCUUUCCUUUUGUGGUUCAACACCUUGAGAAAAUGGUUAUUAUUUGGAAGUCUGAAUUUUCUGAUUGAGUGGUAGGGUCUUGUGUGAGAUGUGUAUUAUUCUUUCUGAGGAUUUUUCUUUAGUAGUUAGAGAUUUUUGUUUUCGGAUGAGCGUAAUAGAUGUAAUUGAGUAUGCGGAUUACGGGCAUAACGGAAGGAACCUGGGGCGAGCUUGUUUAA